GCCGUUGUCGUUGGCCGCAGAAACGCGGAAAGCGGAACUUGCCGUCGAGAAUUUUGUUUCCACUUUCUCACUGCAGCGAGUCCAGUCCGGCCGACCACUACCGUCCAGCCCGUCCGUCGUUCGUCGCGUCCCCCCGAUCCGAGCUCCGUCUUUCUGUUUAGAGAGAGAGGCCCGAUUGCCAAUGCCAUCCACAUCGGCACCAUGAGUCUCAAUGUGCCGUCCAGGCGGCUCCUGAAGAGCGCAGCCUCCCCCUCCUCUGCCAACGCCCUCGUCCCGGCUCUCCAAUCCCUCUCCAUCACCGCCGCCGGCCCUACCACCAUCAACACCCGAUCUAUCCACACCACCCCCUCCCAACAAUGGAGUCUCUUCGGCUGGGGCAAGCAGAAGAUGGAAGAGCGUAAGAAGGUCAAGGAGGACCUCAAGCAGACCGAGCUCGCUCGCACCAGGAAGCCCACCCAGGAAGAGAUCAUCUCGCGCGUCCGCGGCCGUCUCGAAGGCGACUCCAUCUUCGCCGACACCACCCCUUCAUCAGAAGCCGAUGGCCUGGCCGCCGAGCAGGACAAGUACAAGGACUGGGCGACCGCCAGCGCCGAGAAGAAACUUGCCGCAGCGCAAGCCAAGGACCAGACGGCGACGGGCAUCUCUCUGAAAAAGGACCAUUUGGUGCGCGUCGUCGACCCGGACCCGCGCUCGCGCGUGCGGUGGGAGCGCAAGAUGGUGAUCCGCAAGCUGCAGCGGGGCACGGACCCGUGGAGCGUCGAGCCCAAGGCGGAACGCAUCGCGCGCACGGAGCGCAAGCUGGUGUACAAGACGGGCUACCUGCCGACCUCGGUCAAGAAGCUGGUGCACCUGUCGCGUCAGAUCCGCGGCAAGACGGUGUCGGAGGCGCUGGUGCAGAUGCAGUUCAGCAAGAAGAAGAUGGCCAAGGAGGUCAAGAACGAGCUGCUCAGGGCCGAGGCGCAAGCCAUUGUCACGCGCGGUAUGGGCUUGGGCAAGGCUGCUGCUGCCGCCCAGAAGGAGACUGGCGCCGAAGUUCAGGAGCCCGUCAAGAUCCAGACCAAGGACGGCAAGCACAUGGAGAUCCGCGACCCGACGCGCAUCUAUGUUGCCGAGACUUUCGUCAACAAGGGUUUCAUCAGAGGUGUUGAGAUCGAUUAUCGUGCCAGAGGCAGGGUGUUCAAGAUGAACAAGCCUACUACUACCAUGACCGUCGUCCUCAAGGAAGAAAAGACGCGCAUCCGCGAGCACCAGGAGCGCGUCGCCAAGAAGCUCCGCCAGGGUCCCUGGGUUCACCUUCCCAACCGCCCCGUUACUUCUCAGCGCCAGUUCUACUCUUGGUAAAGCCUCCGACCCGUCUGUACACACAAAGUAAAUGUGUGUGGCGGCUGGCUGCUGGCCUGCAGUUGGUAGAUUACUUAACCUUUCCACUCUCGCUAAAUGUCCAUGUCCCAUGUCAAGGAAAAGAAAGGAGUGGAUAGUCACAUGCACAUGAUGACAGAUGAGGAUGUUGGUAAGAAUGGGGUUUUUGAGAACGAACGGGCUGUAUGUAUGUACGAGUAACAGACAGGCAGACAGGCAGGUAGGCAAUGCCGGAGCGAAGGGAAGGAGUUCAAGUUAGGUUGGAAGGAGAAGAGAGGCCUCCAGUCCUUCCUUCUUCGCUUUCGUCUACGGUACCCUGUCGUUUUGUAAAAUAGAUCGCAAUAUACCAAGAAAGCCACCCGGACUGCAUCCAUG